GCACGGGAAACUCCUGAGGGCCAAAACAUCCAUCAGCAUGGUAGCAGUUUGCUUUCAGUUUUGCAUUCAGUUCAACUGCCAGCUGCUUAUAAUUUAAUACAUGAUAAAAAGUCUAACUGGUGUGUUUUUUCUUCUUUUCUCUCGGUCUCUCUCAGGAUCCCCCAAGGUCCGAGUGGCUGUAGAUCCCAGAAAGCAGCAGCCAUGUUAGCCUGCCUACAGAGACGGCAGCAGAACCUCUCAUCUCAGCGUCUGGUCUGCACCCCCAAGAUCCUGGAUGCUCCGCAGCAGCAGCCCAGCACACGGCAAAGUGAGCUGGUCUCCAUGAAUGGCCCUCGGUAUCCUUCCCCUGCAGAGCUGGAUGCCUUUGCCCAGAAGACGGCCAGCAGCCCCCUGUCCAUCAAGAUCUUCCCAUCCAACAUCAGAGUGCCGCAGCACAAACAGCUGAACAGGACGGUCAACGGCCUGGACACCACAUGCACCCAGCACUACAGUCCCUACUCAGGAGGCUACCAGGGCCUACUGGGUGUUGUAAAGGCCUCCGUCUCCGUGGUCAAAGGCGUACUGAAAAACUCUGAGGGCAAGAGGACUAAACAUUCCCCUGCCCAAACUGCAGUGGCACCAUACAACCUUUUCUGUAACAACAGACACGGGCAGCAGAAGAGCUACCACAUGGGCUCCUGCAAGCCUCCUGACGGGCCCAAUGUGUCUGUACCCUCUAAUAUCAUUGGGGCUGUGUCAGUCAUUCCCACCCCGGUAGGGCAGACUCUGGCCCCUCAGCCGGAUCUGGAUGUCCAGAGCCUGCUGAGGCAGAUGAACAGACACACCCACAGCCAGGCCCUGCAGCACGGGGGAGGGGCCCAGCCAAGCCCUUCCCUUCAGGCUGUGGCUGCUGUAGCCUGCUCAGAUUCUGGCUUUACGCUGGGAGUAGCGCCCCAGAGCAGUCUGGCAUAUUCGGGGGCCGUGCUGCCCACCCAGAGUGCAGACAUGGCCAAGGCUGGCUACCUGGACAGAGUGGAUUAUAGCACAUGGCAGCACAAACAACAGCAGCAGCACUAUCAACAGGGGGCGCUAAGGAUAUACAACAAUGCUCGGAUGGGCAGCGGGGGAGGUGCCGUGGUCAGCCGCUCUCCAGAGACUUGUCUCCCUUUGGCCUGCUCGGCACAGCUCUCCUAUAGGCCUCAUCCCCUCAGUGCAGGCACUAACGGGGCAGGAGCAGGGAUAGGGCAGGACCGGGUUAGCUCCUCCCCUCUGAACUGUGCUGCCAUGCAUGGGGAGUUCUCUGUGGGCCAGUACUUCGCCCCUCCCUGGAACAGUGUUCUGGUCACUCCGGACAGCGACUGUUACAACCCUCAGGAGCUGGUGCCUGGCUCCUCUAUUGUCCGGCCCAGAGACAUGGGGCUCUCCCACCCUCAUCCAAACCAUCACCCCAACCGCCACCCCCACCCCCACCCUCACCCCCAGGCCUAUGCCACAGACCACAGCCUGGGCCUCUGUUUUGGGAUGCCCAGCACCAGCCUGUGCCACGCCUCUGUGCUGAGCAGCAGCCUGCAGUCUCUGGAGUGCCUGAUCAGUGAGAUCCACCCACCCUGCAUUAAGGAGCGCAUGCUGGGACGGGGCUAUGAGGCGGUGGGGAUGCCCCAGCUACUGGACCACAACCUACAGCACACCCACAUUCAGCUGCCUGUGUUCCGAUAAGACGGGACAUAUCCACACAGGGCAUACAGUGCCUUCGGAAACUAUUUAGACCCCUUGACUUUUUCCACAUUUUGUUACGUUACAGCCUUAUUCUAAAAUUGUUUUUUUUUAAAUAGCAACAUUUUAAAAAAAUGUUUCCAAAUGUAUAAAACUUUUAAAACAGAAAUAUCUUAUUUAUCUAAGUAUUCAGACCCUUUGGUAUGAGACACGAAAUUGAGCUCAGGUGCAUCCGGUUUCCAUUGAUCGUCCUUGAUGUUUCUACAACUUGAUUGUAGUGUAUUGUGGUAAAUCCACCCGUGGUAAAUUCAAUUGAUUUGGAAAGGCACACACCUGUCUAUAUAAGGUUGACAGGACAAGUCAGAGAAAAAAACAAGCCAUGAGGUCAAAGUAAUUGUCCGUAGAGUUCUGAGACAGGAUUGUGUUGAGGGAAGAGUACCAAAAAAUGCUUACAGCAUUGAAGGUCCCCAAGACCACAGUGGCCUCCUUUGUUCUUAAAUGGAAGAAGUCUGGAACCACCAAGACUCUUCCUAGAGCUGGCCGCCUGGCCAAACUGAGCAAUCGGGGGAGAAGGGCCUUGGUCAGGGAGGUGACCAAGAACCUGAUGGUCACUCUGACAGAGCUCUAGAGUUCUUCUAUGGAGAUGGGAAAACUUCCAGAAGGACAAUCAUCUCUGCAGCACUCCACCAAUCAGGCCUUUAUGGUAGAUUGGUUAGACGGAAGCCACUCCUCAGUAAAAGGUACAUGACAGCCAGCUUGGAGUUUACCAAAAUACACCUAAAGGACUCUCAGACCAUGAGAGACAAGAUUCUCUGGUUGAACUCUUGAAUACCAAGUGUCACGUUUGGAGGAAACCUGGCCCUAUCCCUAUAGUGAAGCAUGGUGGUGGCGGCAUCAUGCGGUGGAGAUGUUUUUCAGUGGCAGGGACUGGGAGACUGGACAGGAAAGAAGGAAAGAUGAACGGAGCAAAGUACAGAGAGAUCCUUGAUGAAAACCUGCUCCAGAGCACACAGCCAAAACAAUGCAGGAGUGGCUUCGGGACAAGUCUUUGAAUGUCCAUGAGUGGCCUGGACUUGAACCCGAUCGAACAUCUCUGGAGAGACCUGAAAAUAGCUGUGCAGCGACGCUCCCCAUCCAACCUGACAGAGCUUGAGAGGAUCUGCAGAGAAGAAUGGGAGAAACUCCCCAAAUACAGGUGUGCCAAGCUUUUAGCGUCAUACCCAAGAAGACUCAAAGCUGUAAUCGCUGACAAAGGAUGCAUGUCCAAUGUGUCGGAGAAACACUGUACACCUGGCGACCGUGUCAGAGUGCAUGCGCCCGUCCCGCCACAGGAGUUGUGAGAGCUCGAUGGGACAAGGACAUCCCUUCCUGCCAAACCCUCCCCUAACCCAGAUGACGCUGGGCUAAUUGUGCGUUGCCUCAUGGGUCUGCCGGUCUCGGCCGGCAGCGACAACCCUGUAUCGAACAAGGAUCUGUAGUAAGGCAGCUAGCACAGCAAUGCAGUGCCAUAGACCGCUGCGCCACUUGGGAGGCCCAUUUGCUAAACAUUAUAAAGAGCUGUUUUUGCUUUGUCAUUAUGGGGUAUUGUGUGUAGCUUGAUGAGGGGGAAACAACAAUUUAAUCAAUUUUAGAAUAAGGCUGUAACAACAAUGUGGAAAAAGGCAAGGGGUCUGAAUACUUUCUGAAAGCACUGUUUACUGUAUAACAGGAAAUAUACUGUAUAACAGGAACUCUAUGGAUGCAGCGUUUCAUUUUGAAGCGACCACCUCAGAAUGAGAAAUGUACAGUACCUUUUAUUUAGUGUGUAUGUGUGGGUUGUAUUGGUAGAGGGCUAUGUGGUUUGGAUGUGACCAAGUGUUUUAAACCUUUAAAGGGUAAUGAUAAUCAUGACCUAAAGGGUCAUCUCAUUUGACAUCUUAAUGUUUUCAUUUCGGAGGGUUUGUUAUCCAAUCAUAUCAGUUCACAUCUUCUGGAAGUUCCUCAGAAGAUUCCAGUGCUGUGCACUAUGUCAGAAUGGUGUUUUGGGGCCUAUUUUUCCAUUUUUAAACCAUUUCAAAAUGUUGUAAAUUCAAGUAUGGGGAAAAGGUGACGUGCGGGCAAUCCUCCUAUUGCCCUUUUACAAAGUGCCAAACUGGAACAUUUUAUACAUGGGGGAUACAAGGGCACAGCUCCAGGGCUCAAGACUGUCAUGCUUUAACCCUUAACACUUAAUUGACCAAUAAAGGUCACUGAUUAUAAUGCACUGCUGUAAGAAUGGAAAAGAAUAGGUUAUACAUGGGGAAAGGUGUCUGGGAUCUGUUAUUUUCAAAUAAACACUUGAAUAUUUUUUGUUGUUUUGUAUUUUUGUUUGGCAUAACCUGUGUUGGCUGCUAAUGGAGCAUAAUGUAUUUUAUAUAAUGAUUGACCUUGUUUUUGUAAAUUUUUUGUCUGAUCUUUGAUUGAUUACUGACUGUCUGUUGCUAGGCUGCAUGUCACAGGCCAGAUAUCUGCAAGCCAUUACCGUUAAUGUUUGAUCAUUUAAUUUAUUGGCAUGACAGAUAAUUAUGUUUUACCCAAAACAAACACAGACUUUGAGGACAGGAUGUGCCAGUUUGAUUAUCUCAUUUGUUCACAUCUUGCUAUUUUCUUAGCUUUUGUUGACAUUCAUCAUUCAUCCUUUAGGUCUGAAUGACAAAAAUACUACCUUUAAUCAUCAGGAGUCCCUCAGAGUUUCCCGGUGACAGGAGAACUGUGAAAGUAUGACUAUCAAAAUCCAUGGAAGACCAUUUGAUUUACAAAUUAGUCGAGUUCACUGGAUAGGUGUCCUGUUUUCACAAUCACUGGAGAACAGGCAUUCCUUAUACAGUCACUGCUUUUCUGUCAAUGUUUUCUUUCUAAAGAUUAGAUGCAUUUAUUUCAUUAGUGGUUUAUUUGAUGGCCUGAGAAGUCUGGCUAUAUAAAGAAUCUUUGUCAGCACUGUCUAAGAUAAUUGCUUUUUAUUUUCUUCAACCAGUUAGGAUUUAUGUUGGUGAACAACAUAAGUAACCGACUCAAUGACUAUGAAGUGCAAUUAUAAUAUUGAACAGUGAGGCCUCGACAAACAUGUUGAAAUUACAACAUUUACACGAGUACAUGUACGACCCCAGACUCCCAUACCCAAUCCCCUAUUCUUAAUUAAGAUUGUCAAAUAAAAAAUAUAAACCCA